AUGUUGAUCAAUGACUUUUGGCGACUUUUCGCUGUCAUGCUGCUGAGAAGUGUUCUCCCAACCCAGACAGUUGUCAUUAAAUCAGUGAAGGUGGUGACCAUCAACAACCAAACACAAGGUCACUGCCGAGAAACUAUGACUGUACCUGACUUGAAACCCGCCAUCGUCACAGUGAACGUCACAGUCGAGCAUGUCCGAGAGAUAGUGCCAGUCACAAACCUUGUUUCUAUAGAGACCAGCACGGUUACUGCUACUUCGAUCGAACAAUGCUUCAUCAACAACCCCAAGCCAUUCAUUCAUCCCUUGGUGCCGUCUUCGCAAGAUCCGCUACCCGUGGCUCUGUCGAGCGAAGAUCCCCCAGUUGCCUUGGAUAGCGAGGCGAUAAAGACCAGGGAUGGUCUGGUGCAAGAGAUAAGACAUGAACGCAUCUAUGAGCAGGUUGGGGAAGAGCUUUCGCCGGAGCAACCUGGGUUCAUCUUCCAAGGCGAUUAA